AUGAAUUGUGACUGCCGUCCAAUGACUCCAGGAUCACAUGAGAAUAUCUACAGGUAUACACCCUAUUGUUCCAACACCAUGGGUUGGUAAAAUAAUUAUAUUUUUCUUUAUUUAUUGAUCUCGACACCAUUCUCGGAUUUACGACUCCGAUUCCCAUUCAAACAUCGGAAAGAAGGUAGUACCAAAAAGUAAACCAAUUAUUUUAUAUUGCAUAGGUACAUUUGUAUACCUACACUUCUAUCUUAUUCUUUGUAGAUACUUCUACAUAGUAUCCUUUUAUUUUAAUUGUCUUUGUCUUCCGUAAUUACAUAUAGUGUCUAACUACCAAUUAUUAUAUAUUUAUUAUUUUUUGUAUUACUUUAAUACUAAAUUAAUAAUUGUAUUGGAAAUAUAAUAUAAUAUCUUCUUUUAAAAGUCGUAUAUAAAAGGGAUUAAUAUCACUAGUAUAAGCGUACUCACUGUGGUGUUCUAAUGGAAAUUUUUUUGAAAUUAUUUUGCUAUCAUUAAAACCUGGGUUAUAUGAAAUCAUUUUUAGAAUAAUAUUUCUUGCAAAAUUCGACUCGAGUCACCAGAAUGAAAAAAUAUGGUGCAAUAUUUUGUUAUCAUCAAGGCUCUAGUUUUAUAACACUGAAAAUAAUUAAAAUAAAUAAAUAAAUAACAAAAUUAUACGCUAUAAUAUGCCAUAAAAACAUUAAAAAAACGGCAAAAAAUGAAAUAUAUAUUUUUUUAAUAUAUUUAUAUAAAUAUAACCCAUAAGAAGUCAUAAAUGUAGACUGUUUGAUGGGUCAAUACGCGGGGCUACUUAAAAAUAGAUUAUAAUACGAAACAAAACCGUACCUAGGUAUUUUUCUUAUGGAUUCACAUGAAUGACACAUUUUUUCUACCAUUUAGAAAAAUACAAAAUAAAUCAUUAUAAUAUAUAUUAUACAUAUUAGCAAAAAAAAGCACUAAAAUUCUAAAAUACUUUUAAUAUGCAAAACAUAUCAAUAUAAAAUGUCAUAUUUGGAGUUAUUAUGCUCGAGUUUCUGUAAAAAAAACCAUAGACAAUAAACAGAUGGAUAGGCUUCAGAGAUAUCCACAUUAUACUAUAAUAUGUAUAUCUGCGAUAAGCUAUUGAAGCUUAUUAUGCAUUAUUUUAUUAAUAUCAAUUUUGAAGUAAACACGUUUUACGCACAGAUAUAUAACAUUUGAACUGUACUACUAAUAAAAGCCACGGACUAAGAAAUUUAAAACUAAUAUAUCAUAGCCUAUGAUCAAAACAUCCAAAACAAAAUAUUAUAAUAUAUAAUUUAUUAUUUAGUCAAUAUACACCGGACAAAGAACAAUGCUUACCGUUGUGUAUGAUAUAUUUGUAUGAUUCAUUCACAGAGUUAUAAUUCUCAUUAUUAAAAUUAAUAUAAAAUAUGUCAACGAUUAUACAUAGAUGUUUGAACAUAAUCUUAAACAGUACUCCAUGCAGGGUGAGAGAACAUAUUUUUUCUUUUCCAUAAAAAAGAACGUGAUCUCAUACAAUGUUAAUCUAGCCUGUUUAUAUGGCCUGUCCAUACAUCUAUUAUCUAUGGACAAAAAAUUCGUUAUAUUUGAUUUGAAUUUUAUAUGGAAAUAAUUAUGAAAGUACCUAGUGUCAAAUUCUGACGUUGGUGUCAUUUACAGACGUAGUACCUAAAUCUCUAUUUUUAUUUGACUUGUAUUGAACUGUUUCUAGGGAAAGCAAUAAAUGGGAUUAGCCUUCGCAUCGGUGUCGAUAGAAGAUAACUUAUAUUAAAAUUAUAUUUGUUGGGAUUUUGUAUGAACAUUAUAAUAAUACUCGGAGUACGACUAUAGCAAGGGCGUGGCAGUGUCCUCGGAGGGCUUAAGUGGAUGUCGUAAAUUUUUAGUAUAUUUGACCUAUUUAAAAUAUUUUGUUUGUAAAUAGUGUAAUAUGUAUCCCUCCCGAACAGUGAAUGCCGUUAUAUUUAUUAAAUAAUUAACUUUUUUAAUUAGAGAAUACCGAUUACUCGGCUGUAUUUGAAUCUUUUAGCGACACUGUUAUAAUAAUAAAAACAAUAAAUUGUACAUAGGUAUGUUUUGUGAACAUAAUAUUACACUGCAUUUUGUUUUCUGUUCAUUCGGGCCUUAAGAAAUAAGUUAACAUUUAAAUAGAUUCGAUAGUCUUUUUUUCGUAGACACCUUUUUUAAAUUCUAUAAAUUCCCCAUGUCACUCCUACAAUUAAGACAAAUCUAAUGACACAAUAUAUAAUAUGCUAAAAUCCAUCAAACCGUUUAGACUGCAGAGCGUAUCAAAGAACUUACAUGCGUAGGUAGGUUCGAAAAACAUUACCUCUUUCGGCAGUUUGGGAAAAAAAUAAGAAAAUCAUCUUAAUCCACACCUAAUAAUGUAUGUGAAGCUCUGAGAGCAUUUAAUAACCUAUUUGAUAUUUUCACAAUACAUUGAAAAUAAAAUUACAUGACGAUUUAUUUAAAUUGCAUAUUUAAUGUUAAAAUAUAAAAAUGUUGUACUAUUUUAUAAACAUUUUUUUAUAAAUAUUUUAACAAUAGUUAGUAUAUAUGUAUUAUUAUUUUUACCUAUAAAUAAAUGUAUAUUACAUGGAUUUAUAUGGAUUUGUGUAGGGAUUUUUAUAAGUUAAAAGUAAUUAUUAAAAACUUUGACAGAGGUUAAAGUUUGGAGUUACGAAUUAUAAAUCUAAAUUACAAAAGAGUUACAAAAUAUUGAUAUUGGUCCAGAGUAGAAAGUUCAAAGUAGGUAGUCAAAAUCACGCAAUUCCAAUACUCUGUCCAGUUCUCCGCUCGGAAUCAGAAUAUCAUUUAAAAUAUAAAAUUGUACAAAUGAUUCUUCACGUUAUAAGCAUAAUUACAUCUGAUUUUAAACAUAGAGUAGUCUAUAACGCAGCCCGUAAUAUUAUUACGAAACUAUGCGUAAUACGCCUAAUAAAAUAUAUGCUCGCGGUUAUUAGUACACACGAUUAAUACAGUGUUUAUUGUUAUCAAAUGGUUUGUACUUAUGUUUUUUUUUUUUUUCGGAUUUAUUUGUGAUGCAUGUAAAUUUGUAGACUGUGUCCUUCUCAUACGACCUCGCUUUAAAAUAGAUCAUUAUUUCAUAGUUACUUAUAUCACUGCACUAUUAUCUAUAUAUCUGGUUGAAUUUAAAUAUUUAUUUUUUUUAACAAAAGUAUUAAUAAAAAUGAUCACGUCACGUCUUAAAAGACACGCAUUUUUCGGUAUUUGUUUUUAUUUAUGACGAUUUUCUGGGUUGCCUAAACACCCAUAGGAAAACUACGACUAAAACUACUCAACUCACAAUCGUUUCGUUUGCGGUUAUUUAUCGGUGUUUUACAGUCUUAUACACAUAAUGAACUAUUCUGUAUGUAGGUAUCUUAUCUUAUCGACUAUGCAGCUACACCAGCGACCUACCCGUGGGCAUUAUCGACUGGCAAUGUUCUAGAAAUCUUGAAUAUUAAAUUAAUCCGCUUUUUACACGUGCACAAUAUAAUACUAUAUUACAAAACAUAUUAUUCGACAAUAGUAAUAAUAACAAUAAUACGAAGAUAGGAGCGUGUCUGCUUACCUACGGGGACGACCGUUUUUAUUCGGCAGGAAAUGAAAAAUGAUUAUCAUAUCGGAAGAACUACCAUAAUAAUAGGUGCCUACCUACGAUAACUCAUAAUACUGGGAACUAUUAUCGAUAACGUUAGACAACGGAUAAUAUAAUACCGAUUAGAUACUCGAUAAAUAUUAUUACUAUAAUAUUGCGAUAAUGCAACAGCUGAUGAUGAGUCGAUUCGGCUCGCCGAUUAUUCACUCCUUCUCUAAUAUCACGUCCGUCGUGUGUAUAUUAUUAGAGUAAAAUAUUUUGGACUCGGAUAAUAUUAUUCAAUUCACAUCGCACGCGACACGCCAGUCGUCAUCAGCCGGUACGUGUUUGUUGUAGUGCGUUAACUGGUUUUCGAAGUGUACACUUUUGUCGUCAGGUAAGUGAUAAUAGCCAUAGUAUUAUAUUAUUUAUUUUUUACGUGUAUAUCACUGGUAUUUAUAUUUUAUUAGUUAUCGUACUGCUGGCGUUUUACAUUGGGAAUGGUGACGCCCGGGCGACACGCUCUUUCUUAUCACGCCGUGUUUUCGGUAACAAAACAUCAACUGUGUCAUGAGAAAUAAUAAUACAUUGAUUAAUUUGUAUACCGUAGUCAGAUUUUGAGAAUUUUUUUCUGAAUUUCCGGUGUUAACUAAUGAUUUACCUAUUUCUGCAAAAAACUACGUUAAUACUUGAUCAAUCGUUGGCAGAUAGAAAAAGUUCUCAGAGAAAAUAGGAUUACCUGUGUAAACAUAUAGGUAUACAAAUGGUACGCAGGGUUUGAGGCAGGUUUUAAAAUUAAUACAAAAUAAAAACAUAAUAUAGGUAAUAAUUAUGAUACAGGUAAUAUAUAAGUGAAUUUCACACUUUACCUAAUGAUUGUUAAAUAAAAUUAGAAAAAAAAAAUAUUAUCUAAUUUAAAGAGUUAAUCAAAUAUAUAUUUUAUUCGUACGCACCGAAACAAAUGUAUUGCAGAAUUACUGGCGGAAUACCGAUUUGAGCCACACAGGUUAUAUUUAUAUUUAUAUAUAAUUAUAAGCCACACGGGACAUGAUCAUUUUAUUUAAUAAUUUAAAUAAAAAAAUUUAGAUUUUAAAUAAUUGUUCAAAAACAAUAAUCAUGAAUACAUGUGAAAAAAGCACGAGUUUACAACCGUAAAGCUAAAUUGAUAUUUCCCUCUAAUAUUUUGAUACUUUUUGUUUUAGUUUCAAAAAUAAUUUUAUGAUUUUAGAACCAUCAAUUAUUAUUUAUCAUAAUAGCAGUUCCCGAUUAGUUCUGUGUAAUCAAGUAUUUUAUAGCUGUAGGUAUCUACGUUACAGCACUGAUUUCGAAACACGUUUAAAUACAUACGUUUACAUUUAAUAUUCACAAUAUUUGUCACCGAGAAAAUGGCGGCUGCAUAGAGGUUGGCGUCACUCGAUAAGCGGGGUUCGCUGUAUAGUAUAAUGUAGAUAUGUGUGGUAUACCUUUGUAUAUUAUAUUUUAUUCAAAUUGACCGCAGUGGCGGAUACAAGGAGGAGGGGUAGGUUGACAGAGCGAUCGCCUUCCUUCCUUUCGGAAUGUUUUUUUUUCUACGUAAUUCUUUAUGUUCUAUAAUAUUGUUUACAUAGUAUACGGUUGCAAUAAGUUGGCCGGGCGUAGAAUUUCACACAUUAUAAGUCUACAGUCAUAAAUAUAAUAAAUUACCGUGAUAAUUAUUCAAUUUCAUAAUAUUAUAACAUGUAAUAAUAAUAUGUCAACAAUAAUAAAUCAAAAAAGGGGAACUUUUUCAACCUUUCUCCACCCCUAAAACAAUUUAUGUAUAAAAUUAAUAAUUAUUUACUUGCCUUUAUCAAUCUGAAAAAAGUUAUUACACUCUAAGGAACGCAAUGUUACGAGAAAAAGAACAUCUGAUAAAAAUUCUGAAACACCCUAGUACAGAUAUUGUUUUAAAAUAAAUGAUUUAAAUUUUUUUGUCGGUUAUUCUAUAUUGUGAACAUUAUAUAAUUUGAUUUAAAAUUUGUAAAUGUGUUUUUUUUUUUUGUGUCUGUGAGCAAUUUUUCAACCAGAAAACUUGCUCCAAAGUAUCAAGUGUAGUAACGUUUCCGAAAGGUAAUUGUCUCUAGUUGGUACAUUGAGGAGAUCAUUUUAUGAUUUUUUAAAGGUUUUGAAAAUAAUUGGAAAAAAUCAGAAAGAAAGUUAUAAGUAAAACGGCAAAUAUUUAAGGCACCGCUCGUCACGGAGUUACAGUUUUCAUUGUUUUUAAUUUAUGUAACUUAUGUUUUCUACUAUAAAUAUUGCUCCAAUAGAAAAAUAGAAACAAGUGAUCUUUUUUGUUGUAUUUUCAUCUUGUUUAUCAGUAAGUAAUUCGUUUUCAAUUUUCUUGGUAAUUUUUGUAAUAAUUAAGAAAAACUCAAAAGAAACGUAAAACGAGAACUGACAAAUUAACGACGUUACGAUUUCAAUCUUUUAAAUUUAUAUACGCUUUCCGCUUUCUACCAAAAGUAUUAAUCCAAUAGAAAACAACAAGAGAUCUAUUUUGUUGAAUUUUUAAUCAAUAGUUAGUGAUCAAGAAAGUCAUUUUUUUGAUUUUCUUUGAACUUUAUUUAAAAAUUGAGCAAAACCGAAAAUUACGUAAAAAAAACAGGAAAAUUUAUAAAAAUAAUUCUUUAAUUAUUUUAAUAAAGGUGGCUACAGGGAUAAAUUAAAUAACAUUAUGUAUUUCAUCUUCCCAACUACCCACCUAUAACAAUGGCCAUACUCGUCUCUCAGUAUCAGCUCUAUUUAAAUUUGUAGUAUAAUAUUUUAAUAGAAUACAAUUUUUACUGUAAAGACAUAUUUUAUAGCUAUUUUUGUUUUUCGUUAUAAUUUUUAUAACAAUAUCGAAUACAAUUUGUUAAAUAGUUUAAACCUCGUUAUUAAAUUAUAAUUGAUUUGGUUUUCAUCUAUCUUAAAAAAAAAAAAAGGACAAAAAAUGGUUAUAUAAUACAUAUACAUUAUACAUUAAAUUCGUAUAUAGAAUUUGUAAAAUAAAUCAUAUUAAGAUUUUUCACGCUGAUUAAGUUAUGAUGAUUUUUGUAAGUGUAGAGAAUGACUUUAACAUGCGAUAAAGUAUUUUAAAAUAUUAUCCUGCACGGCUGCACCUCUAAAAUUUCCGUUUAUAUGAACUGUGUUACAAUAACUAAAAGGAUAUAAUAUUACAUAAAUCACGCAAUUUUUAAUAACUAGUGUUGGGCGUUUUAAAUAUUCUGUUUGAGACAAUGGACUGUUUCUGAUAUAUUUAUGACCUUCUUUGUUUUUUAGCGGCAAUUAUUCCUUUGUGCAUCUUGGUGAAACUUGUAAGACGCACUGGAGUAGAUGUUCACCGGAUUGAAUUUCAUCGCUGACUCAAUUAAAAUAUAUGUUGUAAAUUUUUUUUGGCCAUCCCGGUUGUCAAUGUACCUAUUAGCUAUUUAUUGUUUUCCAUAUGAUCUGUUUUAGACUCCAUGUGAUGACUGUUAAGCAUUCAGAAGGCAGAACCGGUAUUUCAAUCUGUGGGUCAUCUUCCAGGAGUAUUUGUCAUAUUUGUAAUUAGAGAACCAACUUUUAUUAUUAUUAUUAUUAUUAUUAAGACGAUACGCUAAUCACGAUGUAUAGGUAAGUUGGCUGUAGUUAUCCAAAAUUUAUACAAAUAUUUAGCCGAUUUAAUUAAUUCUAAUGUUGUUGUUAUUGUUUAAGUUCAAUUUCAGAUGUCGAUAAAAUUAAACGAGCUCGGAAUCCAAGAGAAAGUGCAAAUAUUAUCGAAAUCCUAACAUUUAGGUAGGCACCACAAAUUAAAACGGUUCCAGGUUAAAAUAUCUCCAAUUAGAAAUAUUUCCAAUAAAAAAUAUCUGACAAAAUAGAUCCAAUUAAGAAUACAUCCAGAAAAAAAUAUCUCCUAUACAAAAUAUUCCCAGUAAAAAUAUCUUCGGUAAAAAAUAUCUCAUAUAAAAAUAAUGUCUCUAGGAUUUAUAUGAAUAUUUUUUAUUUUAAUUUAAGAUUGUGGGUAAUCCUUCUUAAAUACUUCAAUUUCGUUGUAUUGACUGACAAAUUUGAACAGCCGUACAUCGUAGUUAUUGUAAUUUUUCCUUUUUUUUUUUUUUGAGUGGGUUUGCCCGACAAAGAUUGUUACAUUUUAACAUAAACGUAAGAUUAUUUAGUAAUAUAUUUUAAAUACGUACAUAGUAUAUUAAAUACCUCUUGUAAUGCUUGUUCUCUUUUUAAAAAAAUUAUAAAUUUCCAAAUUGUAACAUGAUUUGCUGAAAGUAAACCAUUAAAUGCAUAAUGCCAACUUUAAACCACAUUAUUCGUCCGUGGUUCAUGUUUGAGUACUGAGUCGUGACAGUUCCAAAUACAAAAAUCAAACUGUGGGGGGCUCCUCCGAUGGUUACGAUUUUAUCGGCCAAUCAAUGUAUCUUCAAAAUAAUUGACUAUCGGUGAUAAAAGUUAAUAAUUUUCCACAAAAUACGUCGAAUCUAUAAGUUCUUUGAAAGUUCGAAUAAUAUUAAUUAUUGGAAUAAACGCUAAAGCACUCAACAAUCGUAUUUAUAGAAAAAAUUCAACGUCAUCACCAUACAUUUUUUGUAAACCACUAUUUUGAAUUUUACGCCACAUUGUUAGAAAUGAAAAACAUCCUAUAAUGUCGGUUAUAGGGAAUUCAUCUUUAAAUGCUGAUAUGAAGGCCAUUUUAUAAUCAAUUAUCAUUCGUUGGGGCGUUAAAUCGAAAACUAAAGAUUUUAACGCUUUCAGAACUUCAAUAUAUGAACCUUUGGACCGAUCUACCAUUAAAAUAUAAACAAGAGGAAAAUAUUGUUUAUUUUAUAUACCAUGUAUAGUAUAAAGUUAAGAAAAUAAUGUUGGUUGAGAACGGAAUGUGUCAUUACCCAACCAACUCGAGCCUUCUUUUAACAUAUUUAAAUUUUCUAAAGUUUAAAAUAUUAAUAUACGCUUUUGAGUUUUACUAUCGUAAAAUAAAAACAUGUCACCUUUGCUUGUUACCAAAUAUUUACCAGAAACGAUUAAAUCACCGAUAUUUAAUGGAUUAGCGAGAAGUUUUUUAUUUUUAGUCCUUUCUCUUCGAAUUGUUUUAGAUAUUUUAUCUGAAUUUGGUAAUUGACCAAUUAUGUGCGUAGAGUGUUUCCACGGCUUGACUUAUCACAUUUCUGGGAGAUAAUACAGUUGUUAUUGCUUUUUCUUUUAUAUUUGUAAUAAUUGUUUUAAUUCUAAUUUUAGUAAUAUCUAGUGCGUGUGAGUAGUGUACAGAUUUUUUUAUUAUUUUUCCUGAAAUUAAAUAAAUAAUAUUAAUUUUAAAUAAAAGUUUCGUGUUAUGGGUUGGCCACUGUUGUAGUUGAGGAUAUAGAGGGGAACUUUAUAUAUUAACUAAAUAACAUUAAAAAAAAAAAAAAAAUAUAAAAUAAUAUUUUAACUAUUUGGAUCUUUUAUUAUCUAUAUUAUUAUAGAUAAUUAUCUAAUAACUUGAAAUAAUAUACUCGUAAAAGUGAUCUAUUUCUUGUUGAUUGGUUGUAUGACAUGUUGUACAUUUAUUUUUUUUGUACUCAGCACAACGCUAAAUGUAUUUAUUCAUAACUUUUUUGUAAAACAAAUUAGUGUACCCGUUAUGAAGUAAUACAUUUUUGCGUUUUUGGCUUACAAUAAACUCUAAAAGCAUUCUUGAUUCUUAUAUCCGUUCAAACUUAGUAUGAAACUGGAACUGUUGAUUUGUGGAUAAAAUCGUUUAUCAUGAUUUAUCAUGUUAUUAUUGCUUGCAGAAAAAUUUAUUUCUAUUUUCGUAAUAGAUUCGUAGGGUAUAACUCGUAUUCACUCGUAAUUGUGACAAAUAUUUCAGAUAAUACUAUACAAUAGGUACUGAUAUGGUGGUUCGUUAUUAUUUCCUGUGUAAUAUUUCCAUUAAAGAUAUUUUUGUAGGGGAUAUUCUUAAUUGGAGAUAUUUUGUCGAAGAUAUGGUCGGAGAUAUUUUGACUGGUCGCCAAUUAAAACAUAUAUAAUUGUUAUUGUUUAAUUAUUUAUCAUAACUAUUUAUUAAAUGUUUAUGAAUAUUUACUAAAUUACCUAGUACAAUAUAAAAUUGUAACUAUAAUAUUUUAAUAUGUUUUCAGCUGGAUGUUAAAUUUAUUAAAAACUGCACGAAAACGAGAUUUAAACGAAAAUGAUCUGUAUGCAACGUUGAACAAUCAUAAGUCAUCAUUGUUAGGCAAUGAAUUAGAAAAGUAAACCUUUUAAAAAUUAUCACCUGUUUAUUAUCCUGCCAACUGCAGUUGUAUAUGAUCUCUGUAUCACAAAUUUAUCCGGUUUUAGGAAAUGGAAAAACGAACUGAUCAAUGCGAAAAAUGCAAAUCGUGAGCCUAGUUUGUUGAGAGUUUUGUUCCAAAUGUUUGCGGGUCAAAUCUUGAUAAUUGCAUUAGUACAAAUAUUAAUCGAUGUGGUACUAAGGUGAAAAUUACAUAAUUAAUUAUAAACGCGUAUCACAUAUUAUAUAUUUAUGGUUAAGUAUAUGGGUCUUACAUGAUAUGUCUUUGUAUGUUGUGUAAUACAACUUCACUCAGACUCCUUUUUCGUUAACAAUAGAUUAUUGUUGGGUACAGAUAUAAAUUAAAAAUCUCUAUACAUUUAAUCAUCUCAACUUCCCAUCUACAACAGUGUAUUCUAUUAUUCAGAUUCUGGAUGGAGCGAAGAAGCUUAUGAUUUUACAAAGAUGUUAAUUUUUUUUUCAUCUGUGGACAACUUUUUUACUUGUUUGAAUUUCUAUCUGUAGAUUUUCAGAAAAUAAAGGAAAUUGGUUUGUGGAAAUCAUUGUUCAAUUUUUACAAGAGUUUUCUUAUAAAAUUUGAAAAUUCGAAAAAAAAAAAAAACGGAGAAAUGUACGGAAUAUAUUAUUAAAAUAUUAUAAUUUUUUUUUUUCUAUGCAAAACUUUUUAACCAGAAAUUGUGCUCCAAUUUUUAAUGAUAGCGGUGUUUCUGAAAGAAAAUUUUACUAGGGAAAUACUUGAUGGAGGUCAUUUUUCGACAGAAAAAUUUUGAAAAUUGGUACAACAUUAAACAAAUAUUAUUAAAGAAAAUGAUUUUACUUGAUAUAUAUAUUAUUGACAAAGAAUCACUGAACUGCUCUCUUUUUUUCGUAAGCAAUGGUUUAUUGUUGCUUUCAGGUAUACAUUAAAUUAUCUAUAACAGUGGCUGCACCCGUCACCAUUAUCUUAGGACAUCUUUGUUUUUUUAUUGAAAUUAAAAUGUGUUUUAUAUGCAUUUAAAGUGAUUUGUAUAUUUAUUAAUUUAAAAUAAAAGGUUUACCCGACCUAUACUAUUUGGUGGAUUUCUUAUGUAUUUUACUCCGGUUGGGAUCAAUAACGUCGAUAAAAAACAUGCGUAUAUGUAUGCUUUGGGCUUAGUGAUGAACCUAAUGUUAUGUAUUAUUUUAAACCGAUACGUAAUGUCUGAAUUGAGCCAUUGUGGAAUGAAGAUACAAGUUGCGUGUUCUUCGAAAAUAUACAGAAAGGUAAGUAAAUAAAAAAUACUCUUAAAAAAAAAAAAAAAAAACAACAAAAAUUAAUGCAAAUAAAUAUGUGAAAACUGUACGUUUAAUAAUAUUCGUAAUCGAAGAGAAAAAUAACAAUACAAUUUUAAUAAAUAAUAUGUAUUUUAUUUUAGGCCUUGCGUUUAAGUAAGUUGUCACUCGAAGAUUCUACGGCUGGUCUAGCAAUAAAUUUAUUGUCAAACGACCUGAAUAGAUUCGAAGAAGGAUUAAGAUGUGUGAACUAUGUAUGGCUCUGUCCUUUCACAUCGAUCGCGAUCAUUUAUUAUAUGUGGCUAGAAAUCGGUGUUUCGUGCUUAUUUGGAGUGUGUGUAGUUCUUAUGACUAUUCCGUUUCAAGGUUCAAACGACUAUCAUAAGCAUAUCUAAUAAAAUUGACUAAUAAUUAAAAUUUAUUUUUUAUUCAGCGUGGCUGGGAAAAAAAAUGGUAGAAUUUCGAUUAAAAAUAGCUCAAAGGACGGACCAGAGAGUGAGAUUAAUGAACGAAAUAAUAUCGGGUAUACAUGUGAUCAAGAUGUAUACUUGGGAAAAGACGUUCACCUUAUUCGUACAAUAUGCAAGAAAGUAAUAUUAGUUUUGGUAUUUAUAAUAUUUGACAUAAAUAUUCGUAUUUAAUUGUUAAAGGAUGGAAAUUGGAGAGUUAAAAAAAAACACGUAUAUGAAAAUAAUUUUACAAUCGUUAAAAAUAUGUUACAUUCGAUACGCGUUGUUUUUAAGUAUUAUGGCAUACCUGUUAUUAGGAAACAAAAUUGAUACUAAAAAAGUAAAUCAAAUUUAAUAAUAUUAUAUGGGAAGAAAUUUCUAUGUUAUACCAUGCGUCUAAUAAUAUCUAUGCUUCUUAAUUUAUAUGUUUAAACAUGCUCUAGUUCAAGAUAUAGGUAACAAUAUUGAUUGUUAUAAUAUAAUAAUUAUAGAUGUACAUUACAAUAGUUUACUUUGAUGUAUUAAAAACAAUGGUCGUUUCCUAUUUUCCUAAGAGUAUCACGGCCAUAUCCGAAAUGCUUAGUACCAUUGAACGCAUUCAGGUAAAUGAUAUUGUAUAAUUAUUGAUGAUAUUGUAUUAUUAUUAUUCAUUGACUUAUAUUUUAAUAUUUUCGAAAGAAUUUUUUAUUAUAUGACGAAAAAUGCAAACAAGAGACGUUGUUUUUAAAACCCACUGCAGAAAACGUAUCGUGUAACAAUGAAAACGUUUUAUUUGGAGAAGUUAUAUCGUACUCGUGCAACAGUGAUGGCCGACAAUUUACUGAACAAUCGAAUGCAGAUAUCUGUUCAAUAGUCGUUUCGAAUGCUACCGCUAAAUGUUCACUCAAUCAACCGGAAAACUGUUUAAACGAUAUUGAACUAACAAUCGAAUCGGGUCAUUUGGUAGCAAUAAUUGGGCCUGUGGGAUCUGGAAAGGUAUACUUACGUCAUAAUAAUUAUAACAUUAUAUAUCCCUAACAACACAGACCUUUCGGAAAUAUCGCGUUUUAUACCUAGGAAUUUCCUGUUUGGAAACAUUUCGAUCUUUCCGGGUUAUAGCAGUUUUAUUCUUAAUUGAUGUUUAACCAAUAAAUCUGAUAUUUGUGUUAUGCAUAUUAAGAUGUCUAAACAAAUUUACUAUAUUCGAAUCAGUUGUCCACGGUUUUCAAAUGGUCUCUAUUUGAAAAAUAAAAGUACAUUCUUAUUUAAAGUAUAUGAAGUAUAAAAAAUUAAAAAUGGUGAUAAAAUAAAGCUUAAUUGUUUCAUUAAUGAUUACAAAUCUAAACAAUUUCCAAAUUUUAUAUUCCUUGAUGGUAAAAUUGAUGUUAAGGCGAUUGCGGACUGUAAUUAUUUCUUUUCUGUAUUUAGAUCAUCUUUUUUUUAAUUUGAUACGUCUACCGUUCUUUCUGUCAUCUAAAAGUUACAUAAUAUCCCCUUGUCUAACUGUAGUAUUUCUCUGGAUGCGGUAUCCGAUAGCUUACGCACACUUAGUUGAAGUCUCCUGGCUCUGACAGAGUUCUAGUAACUUUCUUGCAAACCUAUUAGAUUCCAUAGACUAUCCGAUUUUACUUUUGUAUUCGAUGAGGGGGUUUUCUGUUUAUCUGGAAAAUAUGCGAUAUUACCUCGGUUUUUAAAAGAGAUGACUAGUCUAACGUUAAAAAUUAUCGACCGAUUUCUAGAUUUCUUCAAAUUGGCAAACUAUUAAAAAAAUUCGUUUUUAGACAUAAUUAAACCAGCCUAUAAUAUAUUAAAUAAAAGCCAACAUAGGUUCAGGCCAGGAAAAUCAACUAAAACAUGUAAUUUAUCUCUGCAGUAAUUUAUACUUGACUCUUUUAAGGAAAAUUAUUAGGUCGAUAUAAUAUGCACUGAUUUUGAGAAGGCCUUUGAUCACGUCGAUCAUAAAUUAUUGACUGUGGCAAUGGACCAACUACGGUUUGGCUACCCUUUGUUAUCUUGGUUUAAUUCUUAUUUCACUAACAGGUCUCAGUUAAUUAACGUCCGUGGUUUCUUCUCGAGUAUGUCAGUUAGCCGAGGAGUCAGUUCCUUUAGAAACCCCUCAAGGUGAUCACUUAUCACCUGUCUAAUUUAUUAAUGAUAUCUUCUCGAUUCUUAAAAAAACGUUAUAUUCUUUUUUUGCAGAAAAUUUAAAAAUCUUCAACUUGAGUUUCUUUAACAUACAACUGUUUAGUUUUUCAAGAGCAAUUAAAUAUUUUAUUCGACUGUUACCAAAACUGAGGAAUGAGCCUUAAUACUAGUAAAUGACACUGGAUGGGUUUUUAUAGAACCGCGGUCAUAUAAGUCAUACGUUUGUUAUAAAUAACAUUAAACUCAAUGCAGUUACUUCACUUAAAGACAUAUGAAUAACUUUAACAAGUAAUUUAAAUUUUUGGGAACAUAUUGAGUGUGUCGUACAACAAUGUUUUGUGUUUUAGGUUUUGUUAAGCGUCACAUUUUGGAUUUUAGAGAUUUACGUUUAUUUAAGUUUCUUUAUUAUGAUUUUGUUAGAUUCAUUUUUGAAUAUGCACUAUCUAUUUGGAGUCUAUAUUAAAAAUUAGACAUUAAUUUCAUUGAGCACGUCCAAAAAUUUUCUGAGAUUCAUUGUUUUUAAAUUCAAUAUAAUUAUUAAUAACCAUGAUUAUAUGCGAGUUAGGUUCUUUUUAGGUAUUCUGACUCUUGCUUCUAGACUUAAUAUAGAUGCUCCCGAUUUAUUAAUUAGUAUCCCUUUUAACAUUCUAGCUUACAAUAAUCAUUUAAUCUCUUUUUUUAUAUACCGAUAUACAGAACAAAUUAUUUGAAAUACUCCCCUAUUCCGAGGGCUAUGGCUUUAUGUAAAAAACUUCCAAGAAAUGUGGAUUUUUUUCUUUUAACUUUUAACGGAAAUUAAAAAUUUUGUAUUUAUAUGUGAUACUAAGUAAUACAAAACUACUAUAUCGUUUAUUUAAUUUAUUAUCUCUUAAUAUAUAAUCUCUAAACUGUUUUAUGGUAUUGGGUUUCUGUCCAUUUUAUUCUUCUUUUGAAUGCAUUAUUAUUAUUAAAAAAAAAAAAAAAAAAAUAGAAAUCAAAUAUUCACUUAAAAUCUUUUGCUGGUUUACGAUAGUAAAAAGGUUUAGUAUUAUUUUUAAUUAUUAUUUAACUUUCUAUUACCACAGAGUUCGUUGAUCCAAGUGAUUUUAGGCGAAUUGCCUCUCUCUAAAGGAUCAGUUUCCGUCCACGGUGUUGUUUCAUAUGCUUCGCAAGAACCGUGGUUAUUUAACGGCUCUGUACGGCAAAAUAUCAUAUUCAGUUCGCCAAUCGAUGAAUCACGUUAUUCAAAAGUACUUACAUGAAAUGAAAAUAAACGAAUCACCUAAUAAUUGAACGUGAUGGCAUUGUUUUUUUAUUUUAGAAUAAAAUAUUUUACCGAUUAUUGUAAUUCAUAGGUAAUACAAGUAUGUGCAUUGGAAACAGAUCUAACGCAACUUCCAUACGGUGAUAGAACAUUUGUGGGAGAUAGAGGAGUAUCUUUGAGCGGCGGACAAAGAGCGAGAAUAAAUUUGGCCAGGUGAGUACUGAAGAGACCGUAUAGUUAUAAUAAAUAUCUAACGGCAGUAGGCAUGUAUUGUGAAAACAGAUCACCUAUUGCUGUCGGUUAUUUUGAAAAAAAAUAUAGUAUAAUAAAUGACGAUAUCACAAGUUUUAAUAUUAUUACUGUUGUUUAAAAAUAUGUUUUGUUACAGAGCCGUGUACAAACAAGCUGAUAUAUAUUUACUGGACGAUCCACUGUCGGCCGUUGACACUUCUGUUGGCAAACAUUUAUUCGACAAGUGUAUUAAUGGCACGUAAAAAUGUUUAUAAUAAAAUGGUUUAAAAAAAUAAUAUUUUUCCUUCUUCGUCACUCGUUAAUAGAUUAGACUUGUAGGUAACCCAUCUAGCCUAUUAUUAUUUUUCGAUUUUCAAAUAGCUUUUAUGUACAGUGAUCUUAAAUCGAAAAAUUUUUAUUGGGUUUUCAAUUUGCCAAGAUGAAAUUUACUGAACAUGUUGGGAAAAAUGAAUAAAUUACCAUUUAUAAAUUUGAGAAUCUACUGCUUUCAAAAUCAACUCGAAUCAUUUUAAGAGUUUGAAUGAAAAAUUAAGUGAAAAACACAUUUUAUUUAAAAAAAAUUCUACAUCUUAAGGAAUGCUUUCUUUUUUUCUGAGGGGCUGGGGGGGGGGUGAAUCACAACAUGAAGGAACUGUAUCAGCAAUACUCGUCCUCCCAUGUAAAAUGGUUUAUUAGUUUAAUCAUUAAUAAAGUACUAAACCCAUCUCGCCAAUGUGUUCAUCAUAUUCUUUGACUUUAAUUAAGACAGGUUCAACAUUUUCAAAAUAAUUUAUCAUUUGAAUGCAAUGUUUUGCUUUGCGUAAUCCUUCAUACUGAGCAUCCAUCUUUAAUUUCAUAGCAUUUUAUAAAGUAAUUUCUAAGUGUUACACUUUUUCGUUAUAGGGUACCUCAGAGAAAAAACGCGUAUUCUUAUAACACAUCAAACUCAAUACUUGAAAAAUGUAGACAAAAUUGUCGUGAUGGAAAAUGUUAGUAAGGAAUUUUAUUAUACUAUUACGAAAUGUAAUAGUUUCAAAGGUAAAGCGAUAAACAUUUUUUUUUUACAUUUUAGUCAAAUAUAACAGGAGAGGGUUCGUUGCAGGAACUUCAAACGAAUAGUUUAGAUUUAUUAAAAUCAUUAGGAUGUAUGGAAGAAACGCCGAUUAUAAACGAUCAAGAUACCCUCAGUAAAAAUGAGGCCGAAUCUAAUUACUCGCACCCUCUCCAUGUGUUAUCUCUAACUGCUACCGAUAAUAACAACAAGUCAACGGGAAUUAACAAAGAACGAGUGGAAAUGACUGAACAACAAUCUUCUGGAAACGCUCUGGAAAAUAAUUAUUCGGCAUACAUAUCGGCCGGUGGAAGUGUUUGUCAAAUAUUAUUUUUAAUAUUCAUAUGCAUUUUGACUGAAAUACUCGGCACCGGUGGAGAUUGGUGGAUAAGUUAUUGGUAUGUUGAAUAAGCCACUUUUCUUACACAAAUGUUCAGUUGGUAAUUUUAAUUGUUGAUGAUUUUUGUAUUUUUUUUCAUUAAAGGAUGAUUCUAGAAGAUAAUGUUUUUUCUAACGUGACAAAUGUAUCUGGAACUAUAAUUAAUAAUACAUUAAUUGAUAACGACCCAUUUAAAAUAUCGUUAUUAUGGCCGAUUUCUCAUCAAUCGUGCGUUAUUAUUUACAACAUUUUAAUUAUAUCGUUUUUAGUGGUUAUCAUUAUCAGAACGAUUAUAUUAAGAUCGUUUUUUACGAGAACUUCCAUAAACUUACAUAACAAGAUGUUUAACGCGAUUAUCAGAGCUACAAUGUUUUUCUUCAACACAAACUCAUCAGGUAACAAACCUGAAAUGAUAGUUAUUUUCAAUCGAAAUCAACAAUAACCUAUCUGUAUACAAUAAUAUUUUUGUUCACUAGGGCGUAUUCUUAACCGCUUCGCUAAUGAUAUGGGAACGAUCGACGAAAGUUUAACACGGCCCAUAUUGGAUACCGUAUCUGUAAUAAAAUUUAAAAUUGUCAUAUACAGUGACUAUAUAUUAUAUACACAAUGGUUCAGAACAGUGGCGCCGAAUCAGUUUUGAAAUGGUCAAGUCUUAGUAGUCCUAAACCCUCACUUACCUAUAUAGAUAUAAGCAGGAUAACCUCUGUCACUGUGUCCAUUAUACAGUGUCGGAAAGGAGCGCCUUCCUUUCAAAUAUAGAAACAAGGAACUGGAAAAAGUUUCUAUUUAUGAGGCACGUGAAUGCAAAUUUCCGUUCAUUCUAAUUAUCAAUAAAAAUACGAAACUCACGUUUUUUAAUGAUAAUAUUGUUUAGUAAUUAUCAAGUGUUGAUAUUACUUCGUCAGUUACUAAUAAAUUACCACAGUAUACACAGUGGCGCCAAACCAUAUUUUAAGAAGGUAGACAAGUAAAAAGUUGCAUAGAUCACUACCCUCAUUUAGAAAACAAACUCUUAUACAACACUCAAUUAAUAUUUCAUGCAUUCCAAUUCAAUAAAAAAAAAUGGAUCAGGUACCCAUCAUGGAUCCACCAAAACCCACCCAUAAAAAAGAGAGUGGUGACCGUCACCCUUGACUGUUGAUUUCGACGCUACUGAGUAUACAUAUUAUUGCAAUAAGACCAUUCCAAUUUUUCUAUUUUUAUUAACACACAGGGUACAUAAUAUGAUAAUAUUAAUAUAAAUCACGGUUGUAUACUUGAUAUAUUUGUAUACUAAAUGAUAUUUAAACACGGAAGGCAAAUUCUAUCUAACUAUUAACUACCAACACACCAAAAAUAUCGGAGCCGGUAAAUUGUGUUCUCAAAAAAAAGCCAUAGUCGUAUACUAUGUAAAUUGCGGCCGGGUAUAUUUCGUAGAAUAUUAUAGGCCCAAAUAUUUUUUGUGUAUACGUAAAUUACGUUUAAGACGUUUUUUACAAAAUCAAUAUUAUCUUUCCCAUUUUUCAGACUUAGGACUAUAGGACUAUCAAUAUAAUUGUAUUAAUAUUUUAGCAAUUGUGAAAACGAAAUUUGAACGAAAACAUCAACCAAUCUCAACUUUUUAUUCCUUCGCUUUUCAUAUCGUUCAUUUUUAUUAAAUUUAAAAAAAUUAAUUCUUAUAAUUUUUGAAUCAGGUUCUUAAUUAUACAUACAUGGUAGUACAUUUUUAGAUUCUGAGUGUAGCGAAGAAUGUAUUAGUUUUACUAAGAUGUUUUUUUUUUCUUUUACUGUGUUCAAAAAUUCGACCAGAAGCCUUGCUCAGAUAUUUACACAUGGCACCAUUUUUAAAAGGGAAUAUUGUUCAAAUAGUACUUUUAGGAGGUCAUUUUUUGAUUUUCCAUGCGGUCUUCAUAAUAUCUAGGAAAAACCAGGAUAAAACGUAAGAAAACGGAAAUUUCAUAAAGAUAUUGCAUCUAUUAUUUUUCAAUUUUGUUAUUUGUUGUGAUUCAUUUAAAAAUACUCAUAGAGACUUGAAAUUUAGUCAGAAAAUUUAUAUUUGAUUUUUCUAGACGUGGUAAAAAUUUUAAAAAAUUUAAACCAUUUUUGGGCUAUUUGUAAACAUUUUAAUUUUGUGUGUUUUGUAAGUAAUUUUUAUUUGGUAAGUACUCUAUGGUAAAAUUGUUAAAAUUAAUAGAAAUGCUUGAAAAUUUAACAGGAGGUUCGUUAAGAGUCUUACUUUGUGGUUAAAAAUAAAAAUUAGAGUUUAAUGAAGUAUUGUUUUUUAUAAAGGAAUUUUAAUAACAAAUUUUGACGAACAUUGUUGAGUAAAAAAUUACGUAGAACAAAUCUAAUUUUUCAAUUUUCUUUUUUUUUGAGCAUAUGUAUAAUGCCAGUAUGAGCAAAAUGGUGAAUUCAGAAUUGAGCGGAUUAACUAAGUUUCGAAAUUAUAGUUUUUUAAAGUUCUAAUAGUAUGCGGAUAUUAUAUGUUUCGUUAAAUCCCUAAGUAUUGUCUUCUCUAAAGUUUUUUUGUAAUAGCUAAAUAGUAUGCAUACCUAUUUUACCCUAGAGUUCGCGAGUUUGAACCCGUGUUUCAAAAAAAACUUUUUACAUUUUUUUCUCUUUUAACUAAACAAGGAAAAAAAUACGUUUUGAGUGUACUUAAAGAUCCAAGCCAUUGCUCACUCGGACUAUUUUAAUCGCAAAAUACCCCUCGAUAUGUUAUGCAAAAUUUUCUAUCAAAAAUCUUGCUCUGAUGUAUCAAUGGGAGCUUAUUUUCUUAAAAGGAAAUUUAAUCUCCAUAGUAACUUGAGUAGGUUAAUUUUUGAUUUUCUUAGGAAAUUCCCAAUAAAUGAGAAAAAUCGUGAAAAACGGAGAAAAACGAAAAAAUGUACCAAAUACAUUAGUAAAAUAUUAAGUUUUCUUUUUCUGUAGAUAACUUUUCUACCAGAAAACUUUCGCUUCAAUUUACAAUGAUAGAAUUUUUCUAAAAGGAAAUCUGACUAGGAGGUACUUUAGAGUAGUAAUUUUUCGAUUUUUACUAGAGUUUUUCCGGAAAAUGUGAAAACCGGGGAAAAAAUUGGAAAACCGAGAAAAACGCAGAAAAAACGAAAAAAUUGGUACAAUAUUAAACAAAUAUUAUUAAAGAAAAUAUAUAAUACCUAUUUAACUAUUUUAUUAUAAUAUGAUAUAUAUAUAUUGUUGACAAAUCAUCACUAUCUACUAAACUCCGUUCAGAAUCGUUUUUUCGUUAACAAUGGUUUAUCGUUGCUUACAGAUAUACAUUAAAUUACCUAUAACAGUGGCUACACCCGACCCCAUUAUCCCAGGACGUAUUUUUUAAUGAUAUAAGUACAUAGUUUACUUAUACAUUUUUAAUACAAAUUUUUACCUGAUAUUCUUUAUUACUAAUUGUUAAUAAUACAUUUUUCAAUUAUAAACAAAAAACUAUUAACCAAUAUGUUAAACCAUAUUUAACCAUACAAAUCUUAAAACAAUUAUAUUUCCAAUACUAAAUCUGACAAAUAAAAAGGAAAAUACUGAUUUUGCAAAAAAAAGUCUUAGACGCAAUUUAAUUGUGUAAAAUAUAUCUAUGUUUUUAUUUAUGUGUGUAUACAAUAUACUCGGUUUGCAAUUUAUGUAUGUAUAAAAUAUACCUAGGCCGUAAUUUAAUAUGAUUUAAUUUAAAUGGGUCGUCAUUUCAAAAAUAUCAUCCGGCUCAUGACCAAACCUAAAUCUCUUGUUCGGCGCCACUGGUUCAGAAUAAUAUAAAAGCUAAUAUUUCAUUUGUUUUCUUUUCUUUUCUAUAGAACGGUUUAUGUUUUAUAGCCAUUAUAUUCGUAAUCGGACAGAGUAAUAUCUAUUUUUACAUCCCUGUGUUUUUUACCACAAUACUAUCUUAUUAUACCAUGGUAUAUUAUUUAUCGACAUCACGUAGUAUCAACAUUUUGGAAAGAGUUUGUAUGUGUAUUUCAAUAAGAUAAAAAUAUAUACAUAUAUAUUUCAUUCAAACCAAAAUAACCUAAAUAAUAUUAUUGUAUUUUUGUUUUUAAAAUAUCAUACGUAGCCCGAAGUCCUAUAUACGGACAUAUGGACACGUCUUUUCGAGGUUUAAUAACGAUUAGAGCGUUCGAAGCGGAAGACAUAUUGAUCAAAGAGUUUGAUGACCGCCAGGUAAAACCAAAGAAUUGAACAGCGUAACUUUAUUCUAUUUAUAAAUAAAAAAAUGCAUAUUUUAUUAUUAUUUAUACUGUCUGUUUUAUUAUUUUUAGGAUUUACAUUCUUCAGCUGCGUUUGUAUUAAUUUAUUCUAGGAACGCGUUUAGUUUGGUGAUUAAUUUGAUUAGCCUUACUUAUUUUAGUAUUUUAACGUUUAGUUUCUUAGUUAUUGAUCACGGUAAGUUUACAAAUUAUAAACACGUACUAAAAUAAUCUCCAGUGUUUAACGAUAAUAUUAUUUGUGUACCAAUAAUUUCAGAUAAUACAUAUGGCGGAAAUGUCGGUUUGGUUAUAACUCAAGCGAUAAAUUUGAUGAACAUGUUGCAAUUAGGAAUAUUACAAACUACAGAAAUCGAUAAUUUUAUGUUGUCUGUAGAGAGAGUUCUGGAGUAUGCAAACUUGCCACAAGAAUCUGCCCUCGAGUCCACACCGGGUAAAUUAUUAAAAUAUACAAUAAUAUUGUCAUUUAAUAGUAUAGGUAUAACCAUUUUUUUUUAUUAGUUUAAACGUGGUCAAUUUUUUUUUUUUUAAUUGUUUGAGUUUAAUGUAGUAUGUGUUUUGUAUGAGUGUCACGUAUUUGUAUCAUGCUGCAUAUUGUCAGAUGAAUCUAAUCGAAGUUUUGUUUAUAUAUAUAUAUAUAUAUUUAUUGACACUUUGCAACAUUCACACGAGAAUCGCAAAAAAAUGUCUUCUUGAAUCUCCUUAUUUUUGGAGGAGGGGAUGAGUGCUGUACAUUUUGCUUUUAAUAGUCCCAUAGAUAACCCUUCAAGAAAAAAAAAAAUCGUAUACCGACAAUGUCGACUAUCUUAGUUUAAAUUAUUUUGAAAUAUUGGGAUAAAAAUAACAGUGUUUAAUUUUUUUUUUUCAAGAUAAACAACCUCCUGACGAAUGGCCAAGCGAGGGACAAAUUGUUUUUAAAAAGUUUUGUCUACGCUAUAGUCCGGAUACACCCUAUGUUUUGAAAAACGUUAAUAUUAAAAUUCAACCAAUGGAAAAAGUAAUGCUAGGCGAUUAAUAUAUCUGAUACAUAAUUAUUUUUCGGUACCUAGUUAAUAAAGUUUUAAUGGAAAUGUUAUUGGUACGUUUAGAUCGGAAUUGUCGGUCGAACCGGCGCCGGAAAAUCGUCGUUAAUAAGUGCGUUAUUUAGAUUAGCUUUGAACGAGGGCAGUAUCAUCAUUGAUGGUGUAGAAAUACACGAUUUGGGACUACACGAUUUGCGAUCCAAACUUUCAAUAAUUCCACAAGAACCGAUACUAUUCUCGGGGACCAUGCGAACGAAUCUGGAUCCUUUUAACGAAUAUCCCGAUCACAUUCUUUGGAAUGCUUUAGACGAAGUACCUAUAUACACUAAUUUAUUUAAUUAUUUGUAAUAUUACCACUGUCGUAGACUGGUUCUCCAUUCUUUACUUGCCUUUAUUUUAGGUUUCCUAAAUUUUUUGAAUCUCAAUAUAUUUAAUUUAUCCUAUACAAUAGUUACGAGAUCGUCUCGUAGUUGACUUCCCUCCAAUCACCGUAUCCUCUAGCUUUAGUUAUAUUGUAUAAAUUCGGAACAAUUUCAACCAUUUUCCAACGUCGUGCUUUAAUAAUUCUUGGUAACAGUUUAUUUGUUUCCACUCUAUCUAAUUUAUCGUUUUGCAUGUCUCCAUAAUCACACCUGAAAAACUUUUAAUAUUUUUGUUUUCUUAACUUUAUAUUGUUAAAAAUAAUAAAUAUUAUUAUAUUUUAGGUACAACUAAAAGAUAUCGUAGAAGACUUACCCGGCGGUUUGAAUGCGAAAAUAUCCGAAAGCGGUGCAAAUUUCAGCGUUGGUCAAAAACAGUUAGUGUGUUUGGCCAGAGGUAUAUUGCGAAGUAAUCGAAUUCUUAUAUUGGACGAAGCUACCGCUAAUAUCGAUUCAAAGUAAUACAAAUUUUCCAAAACCGUACUAUUUAUAGAUAUUACCGGCCCUUUAAUUAUUCUUAAGUAUUACUUAUAAAAUAUAUACUCCAGUAAUGUUAUAUCUGUAUAUAUCAGGACUGGCGCGUUGAUUCAAAAUACUAUUAAACAUAAAUUUCGAUUAUGCACAAUACUAACUAUUGCUCACCGUUUGGACACUGUCAUGGACUCUGACAAGGUGCUUGUCAUGGACCGUGGCACGAUGGUGGAAUUCGAUCAUCCUUAUUGUCUGUUAAAAAACAAAAAUGGAUUCUUCUGCAAAAUGGUCGAUCAGACGGGAGAAGUUACGGCUCUUUUGUUGCGUACUAUGGCGAAAGAGGUAAACAUACAAAUGAUUGUAAUGUUAUUGUGUAUAUUUAAUUUUAUAGCAAAUAAUUAAAAUAAUGAUUUAACCUUUGUGUAUAGAGUUAUAAAACUUUGAAUGGGACAACAGAACUUCCAUCAAAAAUGAUCGUGUCAGGAUUAGACGACUAUAGCUGA